AUGGCGAUUGGCAUGGAUAAAAAAUUGGCCGGCAUGAUCCCUGUAUUCCUGACAGGUCUUUGCUUCCUGUUGCUCGGGCCCACUUGUUGUAGCAGCAGCAGGAUCCUGGUAGUGCCCGUUGAUGGCAGCCACUGGAUCAACAUGGAGGUGAUCCUUCGAGAACUGCACUCCAGAGGCCAUAACAUCACUGUGCUGCGCUCUGCCAAGAGCUGGUACAUCCCAAGUAACUCCUCAAUCUAUACUUCUAUUAAUGUGCCCAUGCUGGAGGAUGAGUCGGACUUGGACUACUACAAUAAAAUGCUAGUUGAUGUUAUGGAAUGCCGCAGGUUGCCGACUUUUGUACGCACAUUCUGUCAGCAGCACUUGAUCACAUCUAUGUUGGCAACGGGCCAUGAGAUCCUUGCCAGAGCAAUUGCCACAAUGCUAGAUGACCCUGAGUUUAUGAAGAGGCUGCAAGAUGCCAAAUUUGACUUAAUAUUAACUGAUCCUGCUCUGACUAUUGGGGUUCUUCUGGGUAACUACCUCAAGCUGCCGAUGGUUUUUAAUGUGCGCUGGAUCAAUAAUGGGGAGGGCCAUUUCACCAUAGCACCAUCUCCUGUCUCCUACGUCCCUGUAUCAGGAAGUGAGCUUCAUGAUCAGAUGGAUUUUCUGGAAAGAACCAAGAACAUGUUGCAUUAUCUCUAUAGUUUAGUUGAACAACACUAUUAUAUUAACCCUGCCUACUCAGAUCUUUUUCAACGGCAUUUCCCUCCUGGAACUGACUUGCUAUCUUUGCAGCGUGCGGCUGAUAUCUGGCUGGUGAGGACGGAUUUUGUCUUUGAGUUCCCUCGGCCCACCAUGCCCAAUGUGGUCUACAUUGGGGGGUUCCAGUGCAAAAAGUCUGGUCCCCUCCCUGAUGAGCUGGAGGCCUUCAUGCAGAGUUCUGGGGAGCAUGGGGUGGUGGUCAUGUCUCUGGGGACGAUUGUGUCAGCCCUUCCUCGUGAAACCACAGAGGCCAUCGCUGCUGCUCUUGCUCAGCUACCUCAGAAGGUUGUAUGGAAGUUUGUGGGUGAAACGCCUACGUCUCUGGGGAACAACACCAUGCUGAUGAAGUGGCUUCCUCAGAAAGACAUCCUGGGACACCCCAAGACUCGUGCCUUUGUAGCCCAUGGAGGCACCAACGGUAUGUAUGAGGCCAUUUGCCACGGAGUGCCUGUUGUGGGACUGCCGCUCCUCUUUGACCAGUUCGACAAUCUACUCCGGCUGAAGCAACGCGGGGCAGCGCGAAUGGUAGAAGCCAAAUCACUCACCAAAGAAGACUUCCUGGAGGCUCUGAAGGACGUCCUGGAGACUCCUUCAUACCGUGACAACAUACAGCAUCUCUCACAGCUACACCAUGACCAGCCAAUGUCUCCUAUGGACACUGCUAUCUUUUGGAUUGAGUAUGUCAUCAGGAACAAAGGAGCACCCCAUCUACAAUCAGCAAGUUUUAGUCUGCCUUGGUACUCCUACUUCUGCCUAGAUGUGUGUGUAUUUAUUAUGGCCCUUGUUGGGGCCUUUGUUGGGGUUUCAGUCUUCAUAUGCAAGAUUCUCUGCUGCCGAAGGUCCCGGAGAAAGACAAAAGCAGAGUAA